AUGGGCUCAUAUACUGUUCCUUCUACGAUCCGGCGUAUUGUCAUCAUUGGCGCCGGUCCAACUGGUAUUGCUUUCGCAAAAUUCCUGCUGGCGGAGAAGACUUUUGAUCAGAUAGACAUAUUUGAGCAGCGAACUCGAGUCGGCGGGGUAUGGAACUGGUCUGAACCGAGAUUGUCGAAGCAUAUACCUAUCCCUCAAACAGAUCCGAGGUACGGGCAGCAGCAAGGUCUGAUGUGCUACGCGGAGAAGCCGUUCUCGGAGGAUGAUCCACUUUUUCCAUCUCAUGAAAGGGUGCUGGAAUACCUUGACGAGUAUGCUGGAGGAAUCAAACAUCUCAUCUCGUUUCAGCACCAGGUCGAGGACAUCCGACGCGAAAAUGAGGCGUGGUCGUUACGAGUCCGAGACCUUGAAACAGGCAAUGCUAGUGGAAGACACUUCGACGCAAUCGUCGUUGCCAAUGGCCACUACACUGUGCCGAAUGUACCAGCGAUCGAUGGCCUAAAGGCAUGGGAACAGGCGUAUCCCGGGUCCGUGAUACACUCAAAGGCGUAUCGAAGGCCGGAGGACUAUCUUGACAAGAAGGUCCUUGUUGUCGGCAACAAAGCAUCAGGUCUCGACAUCAGCUACCAAAUCGCACAAAAAGCACAGAAACCAGUCCUCAUGUCAGCUCGGUCGCCUUCUGCAUUGAGCGCUGGAACUCCUCCAGAUUGGCGCCGAGAUAUCGAAGAAGUUGUGGAGUUUCUGCCGCCUGCUCAACACAAUCGAGCCGUUCGGUGUCGGAGUGGUCACAUCGAAGAAGGGAUUGAUGCGGUCGUCUUUUGUACUGGCUAUUUCUAUUCCCUGCCAAUGCUUUCGAACAUUCAACCACCCCUGGUGACUGAUGGGCUCAGGAUCCGGGGACUAUUCAAGGAUUUGUUCCACAUUCAGCAUCCAUCACUUGUGCUACCAGUCAUCAACACUAUGGUGCUUCCCUUCUCCUUGGCUGAGAACCAAGCCGCUGUAGUUGCCAGGGUUUGGGCGGGCAGACUCGAGCUGCCGUCUAAAGACGUGAUGCGACGAUGGGAAGCAGACACCAUCGAAGCAAAUGGUCCGGGCAAGUAUUUUCAUCUGAAAAGGUUCCCCGACGAUGUUGCGCAGCUGAACGAACUCUAUGAUUGGGCAAAGUCGGCCAACGCGGUCCAUGGUCUUGAGAAUGAUGGCGAGGGCAAACUUGGAAGUCGUAGAAGCAGGGAGAUGGUUUGGAUCCGUUCGCAAUUCGCAUCGAUAAAGUCCGCGUUCAAUGCCAAAGGUGAGCAAAGGAAGUCAAUCAGGGAGCUUAGUGAACUUGGUUUCGAUUACGAGGACUGGUUAAGGACAUCUACUGAGGAGGAUCGCCAGAUGUUCACCACAGCAUUGUGCUGA